AUGAAAGCCGCCAUCAUCCUCUCCGCUUUUGCUACCCUCCUCGCCGGCGUCAACGCCGUUGCCAUGAGUGAGAACCAGCACGUCGUAAGGGCACUCAUUGAGGCUCGCUGCCAUUGCGACGGCACCUGCUGCAAUGGCUAUUGGUGCACCGACACCGAUGUUGGAACUUGCUGUAACGACGUGCCUUGCUAG